GAUCGGGCCCCAAGCAUUAGAGAGAAUCGGUUGGCUUUGUGUAUAAAAACGUAUACAGCCCAUCACACAUCGGCCGAAUGCAUUUUGGGAUAGGGGAAACCCCUGACAACAUAGACAUGUGCUUGAUGGAACUGAAGUGUGUAGCAAUUCAGCGAAAAAUUGAAAACAUUAUGUAAGCAGAUGGGAGCUGAGAUCUCGCUGCCUAAAUGGAAGGUAGCUCAGUUUCAGAGUACAGAAAAUUUCUUUUCUCCUUGUGUGAAGAAAUAACGGAAGGAAACCUACAAAAGUUGAAGUAUUUAUGCCUCGAUCGAUUAACAACAAGAGAAUUGGAGGAGAUAAACACCGCCACGAAUUUGUUUAAAUGCCUAGAGAUAAAACAAGAGAUAAGAAAAGACAAUCUGAAUUUGUUGGAGGAUCUUCUUACGCAAAUAGGUCGCUACGAUUUAGUGGAGAAACUAAAGGAGUUCAAGAGCAGGCGCAGCUUUGAUUGUGGCGCGAGUGGUUCCAUUAAGUUUCAAGUUGAUGAUAACAUGGAAGAUGUUCCCGACGCUGCCGAGCCAACCGCGAAUGUAGCUGGCGACAAAAAUGAUCCCACAGCUCUUGCUUCAAGUGGGUCUGAAGAAAUCCUGUUGAGAGACGUCAGCGCAGACGUUUUUGAAGAACUUGGUUUUUUACUAAAUCCUUCUUCAUUUAAAAGUUGGAAAAUUCUGGCAGGUAAGCUUGGCUACACCCUCAACCAUGUAACAAAUUUCAAAUUGUGUCCAAUGAACAGCACCCAAAUGCUGCUUCAGGAUUGGUCCCAUCGUGGAGAUGCUACAGUUCUGAAGUUGUACCAGACCCUCAUGGAUAUAGGACGCGAAGAUGCAGCCCAGAAACUGAAGAGGAUUUUAUUUCCUUCUCGUGGUACAUUGUAGAUCUUGUAGACGUGAAAGUUUUGUUUGCCUACUAUGACGAUGCGAGUUAUCUCCUGAUAAACGGAACUAAGAUUUUUCUUAGGGCAUGUGCAGGUUUUCAAAUCCAUCCUACUUAGCCGCCUCUACCACAAGAAUCUACUGUCUGCUAUUGUUGUUUUAUUGAAUUGUUUGAAAUAAUUAGUUUAGAAAAACAAGAAGAGUUAAUGACUUGAGAUAAUAGCCCUUUUACUAGUAGAGCUAAAUUUCUCAUUUUACGUUUUAUUGUUUUUCCUCCAGCAAUGUUAUAAAUAAUGAGAAAUAUUAAAGCACGCACGCACGUGUGUACUUGCGCUCAGGUAGCCGAUAGUGAAACUAAGGCCCAAAGAAUGGGGCGCUUUCUUGGUUUAGGUUUGUUGCUAGAGCAACGUUUGGAGAUGACAGUGUCGAGGCCAACCUCGUUGUCAGGGCGCUUUUCCUCUCAAAUGAAGAGGGGUGACCCCUCCUCUUUUUUUAAAUUGAGACUGAAAUGGGUGCAUGUUUUGUCAAACCUUUUAACGAAAAGAAAAGAACUAAGAAAUUUAAGGUGGCUAGAGUUUCAUUUGUUUGUUGUAUAGUCUAAUUUUAUGAUGUUAUAUAACUUUGUUUUUGUGAUUAGAGUUACCUGUUCAGGAGAAAAUCAUCUGCCGCCAAUCCUUGAUGCUACAGCGACUUUGUAGAAUAUUUGCUUAUUUCGAAUAAGGCCAUUGUUUGGAGCAGCGGCCGCCGUUGAAUUUUCCAUGGGUUUGAGUACAGGUUUAGGUCGAUAAGAUAUACAUAGAGCGUUUAGAACAAAGAACUUGU